UGUGUGACUGACUUCCAAAAAUAUUGUAUAUAUACACAGAUAGAAGCCGAUUUCGUGAGUACCUCUUCAACCAUCUGUAUUUCAGGAGUUAUAAACCAAAAUAUACCGACAAUUUUCGAGUUUUCAACUGGAGUGUUUACAUCGACGGCAUCGACAUCUCAAUAAAUUUUGGGCGGGUGAGAGAUGGCCGAUGCUUAUAAUGAAUUGUCGGAGCGAGUGUGUGAAGUGUUAGACCAUCUCGGUUACAGCGAGUCCAUUGUUAUGUUCCGAAGGGAGAUAUGGAGACAGAGGGACUUGCAACGGAACAGCCAGGAAAAACACCGCACCAGAAUCACUGCCGGUAGUAAGAUGGAAGGUUUCUCUGCGCCGUGUGAGAGCGACACGGAUUACGUGUUUCUCGACAACUACACCGUGUGCGCUCUUGUCGGUGACACGUCUCAUACACCGCCUGAAAGCCUCACCGCUCUAUCCCUGCACGCCGAGCAAUGCAGUCCGGGGCACUUUUGGUUAGAAUUGAAGCAUACUGGAUCUGUUGAAAAUAUGAAUAUACAAAAAGCCUUGUUCAUCCAUGAAGAUGGACGAAAGUUUCUGUCUAGCUAUGAAUUCAGGAAAUCGUUCAUCCUUAAUGACAAAAUAGAAUCAAUAUCCGGGCCAGCUUUGACGAAGAGUAACGAAUACCACAGCUGGGACCAUGUGUUCGCAUUUCGCUGUACCAGUCAGCAACAGCUAUUAAUGGAGUGGGCAAGUAGACCAAGGCCCCAUGGCUGGCCGUCACCGGGGCUGGUGCGGGAAGUUCUACAACAAGACGCACAAAUAGUGCCUGUUGGAUGCAAAAGCAGUGGAAAUAAAGACGUACAGUGGAGGGCUUGCUUCAUUCCUAGUGAGAAAAAAUUAUCGGAUUCAUGGAAUGAAUUUCAAUAUAAAAUGUACAUACUUCUGAAGUUUUUGAAGAAAACAGAGUUGAAACCAAUUUCAGAUGAAAUGUCGUCAUAUUUAAUGAAGAAUGUCAUGUUUUGGUUCGUAGAGGGAAAGCCAUUGGAUGUAUUCACAAAGUCAACAUUACUUGUUAAUGUCCAGUCUUGUCUAAAAAUGUUCCUGAAAGCCCUUAAAGACAAUCAUCUAUCAUAUUACAUGAUUCCAGGCCGAAAUCUCCUAACAGGUAGAAUCAGCCCACAACAACGACAUAAACUCAUUGUGAAACUUGACGAGCUCAUACAAGAAGGGCCCCGCAUCGUGUUCCGAUGUCCAAGAGUUGUAGAGGUCUUGCAGCUGCCACCAUCCGAGCUCGAGGGGAAGGGUUGCUGGAGGGACAAGCUGGAGAGGCUGUUCCGGGCGAGUGAGAACAUCGGCUGGUCACACUGGCGGCCCGGCAUGACGCGCGAGGAGGUGGACCGCUGCACGUGGGCCGACCCGGACUUUACCGCAAUCAAAGACCUGAUGGCUGACAUGGUCUGGCCGCAGUGGAGGCAGCAUCAGGAACAGGAUAUGAAUGAGGUGCUGUACAGAAAAGUAGCUGAUGCUUUGUCAUAACUUGACAACGAUAUAUACAAAACAAAACGAUUUUUAAGACAAUAGGAUUCCACUACUCUUUAGUUCAUAACUUUAAUUUGGUUCUGAAUUAGAAUUAAUGGUUUGUUAUAAUAUAUAUCGCUUUAUAUACACAUUUG